AUGCAAAGCUCAUACGCGUCUAUAGAGAUAGGCCAUAGGGAUAGUCGUGAAAGGUCAACUUCACUUACUACUGGUUCAUCCGCUUAUCUACCUGCUUCUUUGGUGCAAAACAUACUCGGUUGUCAAGCUCAGGCUUUAGAAGCUAUAUCCGACCAAGCUAAGGCUAACAAAGUCAUACAACAAGAGAAUUCCGCUCUUAGGCAACGUAUCGAACAUUUAGAAAAUCAAUUGUGGUCUCUGAAAAAAAAAAAAUCACUACGAAACAUAGAUAAUGGUGAUGAUAUUAUCUCGGAGGAUAUAGAUGUUGACAAAAAACUUGAUGUUAUGGAAAUUGAAAAGGAAAAUUAUGAUGACUUUCCCGCUCCUGUAUUAACAGCUGUUAAUACAUGUGCUAAUGAACAAUCUCCUUCCUCGGCGAGUAAUAAUAACCUCUCCCAAAUUAUUCAAGAAUUGGAAAAAAAACAUCAAAAAGAACUUGAUAAUUCGAAUAAAGAGUGGAGCGAAAAAUAUUCCGAACUCCAAAAAAAAUAUGAUCAACAAUUGAAAGACUAUCAAGCUUUAAAAGACCAUUACCAGAAAAGAUCCUCUGAAUGGAAGCUUACAAGGCAAUGGCUUGAAGACGCCAAAAGACGUCAACGAGCUCAAAAAGGAAAAUCGGAUAAUAAUCAAAAAGCAUCAGCUCCAAAUACGAGCAAAGUUUUAUCUAGUGGUAGUAGUUCAAGCGUGACAGAUCAAACCAAUCUAGAUCAUGAUAAUGCCGAAAUUCUAAAACGACAAAAGGAUGUCGACUUUGGUCCACUUGAUGGUACAAACGCCGAAUAUCCACUUGAUGGUACAAACGCCGAACAUCCAAUUGAUGGUAUAAACGCCGAACAUCAAAUUGAUGGUACAAACGCCGAACAUCCAAUUGAUAUUGAUGAUUAUGACGAUAAUUUAUUUCUUUCUGAGGAUGAUGACCAAUCUCCGAGUAAGAAAAGACCUGCUGAUGUGGUUAUUAAACAAGAACAGGAUGAUUCUAAUAUACUCCCGUCAUUGGAAAAUAAACCACAUAAACGAUGGAAACAUUCAUCUAGUAGAAAGGAUCGGUACUCAUCGGACAAUGAUAUAGUUAAUACCCCACAUAAAGACUAUCUUGAUCCUCUCAUAGAUGAUAAUGCGAACAAUCAGCCGGCUGCUUCGGAAAGAAUCAGUAAUGAUGGCGAAGAUGGUCCUAUGCUACUCACCCCAAUUACUCCGCAUAACAUUAAAAAUAAAAAUACGUCGCAUCGUUCUGCUUUCAGUCCUAAUUUAGCAGAAACUACUAUUAGGUUUAAUGAGACUGUACGAAAACAGAGUGAACGUCGGCAGUUACAGGGUGAAGAUUGUCGUGAUUGUCGUCGAGUAAGUGAUCAUGGUCCAAUGCCAAUUCCCGAUGCUACUGGAUUAAAUCGUUGUGGACAUACGAAUCAAGAACAAAGUGCAGAAUUACUAAUGGAAGCUCGAUUACAAUAUACUUCUAAACAUCGAACAAAGUAUAGUCGAGCACCUACUCCUCCUGGAUUCUGGAGAGUUGGUUUUCCAACAUCCCAAGAAUUGGCAGAAACAAACGAACAAUCCGUACUGUACGAAAAAUCGAGAGAAGACCAAAAGAGAAAAGACGAUGAGUACCUUAAGAAUCGUGAGCACAAAUGGGAUAGGAUAUAA